AUCACAUUACUUAAAAAUAUCAAAAAUAAAGAUGGAAGUUUCUAAUAUAGAAUUAAUAGAAGAUAAUGAAAAUGAACCUAAUGAAGAACAAAUUGGAGGUGAAUUUGAUAAAGAAAGCUUUAUUGAGGCUGUUUGCAAACUUCGGUGUCUCUAGGACACAAGAAAAAGCUAUAAGGAUAGAAAUGUAAAAGUAAAUUCAUGGAAACAGCUUUCAUUAAUUUUUAAUCAGGAUGUAUGUGUUCUACAAAAAACCUUGAAGAAUUUGAAAGAUAAUCUAAAAAAAUGUUUAGAUCGAAGACGGGCUCUUACAAGAUCUGGAGCUGGAGCUUUUUCCUUGCCAAAAUGUAAAUACUUUGAUCAAAUGGCUUUUCUUCAUGAAAAAAGUUCAAACAAACCAACCGUGAGUAACGUAAAAUCGACUACUGAAUGUGCGAAUUCUAAAAACUUGAAUGAAAAUUAUGCUAAAAACCUUUUUUUAAAGCAAAUGAAAGAUCUGGACAAUCGUUUAAUCGAUUCUUUAGAAGAAAAAAACAAAACAGUCUGUGAAAUGUCUGCUUUUUGUAAUAGUCUUAAUCCUGUGCUGCAAGGAUUACCAAUAAAAAAGGCAAGACUAGCUAAGUUAAAAAUAAAUCAACUUUUAUUUGAAAUAGAAUUUGGAGUUGAAUAUGAAGACAUUUAG